AUGACCCCCUUCAGCACCUUCAUUACUUUUCUCUUCACCGUGCUGCUUGCUACCAGCGCGGCCGCUCUCCCCGUCACUACCGAGACCGGUCUUACGGCUCGUGCCAGCGCGCCUGCUGCCCCUCACUGGGUCGUAUACAGCGACAAGUGGAUUUCCGGCGAGACCGGUCCCCCGAAGACAACUGACCUUGUCGGUUACAAUACCUUCCUGCUAUCCUUCUGGAUGUCCACCGGCGCUGCGGACCAGGCUGUCAUGUGGUCGCAGAUGGACGCAGCGACCCGCACAUCUACUAAGGCUGAAUACGAGAAGGCCGGGAUUAAGCUCAUGGUCUCCGCCUUCGGCUCGAGCGAAGCGCCCACAACGUCAGGCGCGGACCCCGUCAAGACCGCGGACAGUCUCGCCACGUGGGUAAUCCAGUAUGGCUUGGAUGGCGUCGACAUCGACUACGAGGAUUUCCAAGCGAUGAACAAGAAGGAUGGCACGGCGGAAAAUUGGCUCAUCAAGUUCACGACUGAGCUGCGCAAGAAGCUGCCCUCGCCACAGUACGUCAUCACGCAUGCGCCCGUGGCGCCCUGGUUUAGUGGUGCUCCCACGUACCCUUCUGGGGCUUACCUCGCGGUUGACAAGGCGGUGGGUAGUAUGAUCGACUGGUAUAACAUCCAGUUCUACAACCAAUACACCGAAUAUACCACCUGCGACGGUCUUCUCACCAAGUCCUCGAGUCAGUGGCCCAAGUCCUCCGUCUUCGAGAUAGCUGCUUCGGGCGUUCCUUUCAACAAGCUCGUCAUCGGCAAGCCCGCGACGACUGGUGACCAGACCAACGGUGGCUUCAUGUCUACCGGUGACCUUGCUACGUGCAUCAAGACCGCCAAGGGAAAAGGUUGGGACGCUGGCGUCAUGACUUGGCAGUACCCCGACGGUGACUCCGCGUGGAUCAAGGCCGUCCGUGCUCAGGCUUUCCCUGUCUAAGCGUUUAUGCAGUGGACGGCGUAAUAGCACCCCUCUCUGCAAGCUCGGAAGGGUAGUGCUAUUUUGUUUCAUAGGUUUAAAGCAUGGCAUAAGUCAAAGGUUGAUUCUUUGAUUUGAGUUUCGUCUCGCAUCAUCAUGCACACCCGGUUGCAAGCUCAUCCAACCGUUUAG